AUGGCACAACCGAAGGGUCCACUGGCUCACAUGGCUCGACAGACAUGGACCAAGUUUACUAAAAAUGCAAAGGCUAGUCGUCGUGUAGUCCCUAGAGACCGAUGGACUCAUCCAAAAGACAGGAUACCCCAUUGGAAGAUUUUGGUUGGAGACAGAGUUAAAGUAAUAAGUGGUGCAUCCAAAGGACAGAUUGGAAUCGUUAGAGAAGUUGACAAACAAAAUAACAGAAUCAUCCUUGAUAAUGUCAAUUUGGGGAAAAAAACAGCAAGCUACAUUCAGGCAGAAGAUACACCAGAGGACUCUAAAAACAUUGGUUCCUGGUGGAUGCAGACGUACGAGAAACCCAUCCAUGUCACAAACGUACUGCUGGUUCAUCCCGAGGAUGCAAAUGACGAUACAAAGAAAGCUUCUGAAAAACGCGCGGUUCGCGUACAUUGGCGUCGGAUCGAAGAUCUUUCAAUAGGGAAGGGCGAGUUCCGUUGGCGUAGAUAUAUUGCAGGAACCGACAUCCAAGUCCCAAUUCCAAAAUUAAAAGAUCCGAAAAAGGAGAUUAGAGAGGAUACGCCUUGGGACACUUCGCCAGAACUGACGUUAGAACAUACAUUUAAACCGUCUUUCGAUAGUCCUCUGCCACUCGGAGUCAUUGAUGAACUGAGAAAUCCACAUAAGAAAUGGAGAUACUUGCAUCGAGAUUUUGUGUAG